GGACAAUGCCUCAGACACCUACCCUUUGAAGGAGACCGCCAGGCUCAGGCACAGAGAGGGCUCAGAUGUUGAAGAUGGGUUUAUGGGUCACAGGGAGCCCCAAGGACCCGCCCACUCACUGUGCACUUCACAGCGUCAGUUUGUGGGAACUGUCAGAGCAGGUCCAGGGACCGGGGAUUUCUCAGGGGCCUUGUCACUUCACGACAGCUCUGUGCAGCAUCGAAUUGAGGAAACUGUGGCUGGACAGACGGCGCCACAGCUCUGCUACCACAGUCUUGCAGCUGCCCAGCAGCGGCUGAGCCCUUGCACACUAGACUCUCUGGUGGGUGAGGGGGCCUCCUCUCUGUCCUUUGAGGAUGAUGAGGCCACCUGACCUCUCUUUCCUCAUCCUCACACUCACCUUCCUCCUGCUCCUCAAGCAGCAUCAGGGAGAAGAACGCCCAGAUGUUACUGUCCAAAAGGAUGGCGUCGUGGGAAUGCCUCUUCAGUUACAGCCCCCAUCCUUUACAACACAGAUACCAUUGGAGUUAAAGUGGAAGAUGAAGCUAUCCUCUGCAGACAGUAAGGUCUUAUGGACUUGGAAGAAUGAAACUGGUAAGACCUCUGUCUCUUCGUGUUUGACUAAUUCAAACAAUACAUGGAUAAUGGAAAACCAGACUCUUCACAUCAAGGCAGCAGAGAAGCAGACCAGUGGUCUCUACAUAUUAGAGAUCACCUUUGCUGAGGGGAGAGUUUGCACAAUCUGGUUCAUUGUUUCUGUGUUUGAUCAUGUCAAGAGGCCUGACAUACAGGAGGACUGGAAGCCCCUGUGGACAGGAAGGUGCCAAAUGACUCUGUCCUGUCUAGUUUCCAUGGAAGGAGAUGUGAACUACACUUGGUACAGAGAUGGUGAACUGCUCCAGGUGUCGAGAAAUGCCACCUUCGUGGAACUGUGGAGUGAUGCUAAUGGCAAGAACACAUAUACCUGCAAUGUCAGCAACCCUGCCAGCUGGGCAAGUCACACCAUCACCAUUAACCGGGGCUGUCAGAGUGCCCACCAGGGAUCCAAAUUUCUGCCCUUUUUGGUGGUCAUCGUGAUUCUGACCAUGCUGUUUCUUGGCACCGUCACCUGUUUCUGCGUGUGGAGGAGGAAGAGGAAGCAGUCGGAGACCAGCCCCACGGAAUUUCUGACAGUUUAUGAAGAUAUCAAGGAGUUGAAAAUGAGAAGUCAAGUAUGGCAUCCUGGGGGCUGGAGUCUUUCUCAAUGGGUCUGGAAAAAUGCUCUUUUGGGGAUGGGCAUUCAGAGCUGGCACAGAGAGCUGCUCAGCUGUCCUCUGCAAGGGGCCCUCAGCCAUCCCCAGCUGUCUUUUCUCUGCACAGCUUUUUGGCUGUGGUCAUCUACCUAUCCCAUGUCUGUGCAGGAGCAGCAGCAGCAGGAGCAGCAGCAGCAGCAGGAGCAGAAGGAGCAAGAGGAGGAGCAGCAGAAACCCCCAGAAGGGAGCACCAUCUACUCCAUGAUCCAUGCUCAGGUACCUGCUUCUGUUUCACAAGAUGCUUCAAAUGCAUCAAAUACACUGUAUGCAUUCGUACAGACCUCGCGGAAGUCUGCAUCCAAGGAGAAGACCCGCAGCUCUCCUGUCAGUUACUCCAUCUACGAUGAGGUUGGAAGCAAAACACCUAAAGCACAGAACCCUGCUCGAUUGAGUCGCAAAGAGCUGGAGCACUUUGAUAUUUAUCCUUAGGUGCUGGAGCCAUUCUCACUUCUCCGACACAUUAGUAUCUGCUUUGGGAAUUAGCACAGUGAAUGAUGCUACAGGAAUCUCUACAGGAAAGUUCCUAGUCAGGAAAGGAUGUGGGAAUUUUUUGAUGGCCUAUGUUUUGUUUUGAAGAUGAUUUCUCACAAUCAUGAUAAGCAUACAUCUGUUAAGUUAUAUCUCCAAACUAACAGCCAGGACACAAAUGGAUGGAAAUGCUGGAUCAUUCAUAGAUCACAUCUCAGGUACUAGUAAUCUGUCAAAUGUUACGUAAAUGCUGUUGGUGCUGAUAUUAGCAUGGAGAUUCCCUUUCUUGGGUUUCCUAAUCUGUUCCUUGGCUCCCAUUCUCCCAGAUCUUGAAUGACUGCAUUUCCUCUCCCUGCCUAGAUUUAUCUUCCAAAGCAAGAAGAGGAAAUAAUGAUGGUGACUUCAGGGCAGAGUAAGAUGUCCUCCUUUGUGAGGUACAUUUUUGGGAUGCUGGCAUAUUCUCUGAGAUCAGAGCUUGAGCUUGACUCACACGAAGAUGAACAACUUUCUCCCGUAUCUUACACCCUACUUCUAGCCAGCUGGUCACAAAGGGGCAUGGGCAGACAUGAGAGUUGAUGUGCAAAGCAACCCAUCUCUGAAAAAGAAAGCUCAUCCAGGGGGCAGGUGCUUGGUGUAGCAGGAGUGAAGUCAGUGCUUUGGAAGUCUCCAUUUCAUAGCACAGUGCCUGGAUUCAGUCCUGGCUUCCCUGAUUCUCAUCCAGCCCUCUGCUAAUACAUAGCCUUUGAGGCAGUAGAUGAUGGCUCAAAUGCUAUGGUUUCUACCAACCACAUGAGAGAUUUGGAUUAGGUUCCAGACUCCUUGCUCUGGCAUGGCCCAGCCCUGACUGUUAAAGGCAUUAAUAGAAAAAACAAACCCAGUGAAUGGAGGAAUUUGUGUGUGUGUUUCCCUCCCUUUCAAGGAAAAUGAAAAUAAGUAAAUAUUUUGAGAAGAGAGAAAACGCACUUAGAGAACAUGCUUUAUCAUCAAGGCAAGACCAAUUUUACCCUCAGUGUGCGUACGCUGUUUGACAAAGACACAGUAUAAGAAAGGUACUGUGACUCCUUCCCAGAAGAGGUAGUCUGUUAGAAACCACAUUCUAGUGAGAUUUGGUGCCCUGAUGAUGCUCCCCAUGGUACACACUGCAGGAGAGUUUAAGGCAGCUGAAUGGUGACUACGAAACAAGAGGAGCUAGGCACUACACUGGUUGCCCAAGGCUUUAAGACAAACUUUUCAACAAGGUUGUGAGGAGUAGGGCCAAGUCUAAGAAACAGAAGAGGGUGAACUGGAAGAGGACUUACUCAGAGACCACAACAGGGGACAGUGCACAGAGCCUGUGUCUGAAGAUGUAAAUUUUAUUCAGAUCUAUGUUGUUACAUGGAAAGAAUCUAUAUCCCUUGCCUGAAUCAAACAUAUGCGUCUUUUUGCAUAUGCUACAUUCUUACUUUCUAUAGCAGCCAAAGGGUACUUGCAGGCCAUUCAUAAGAACUUGUCCAUUUAAAUACUGCUGGAGAAGGAUCUGGCUCCUUGGAAAGCUGCCAAGGUCCUUCUGCCUUGUUCUUAUCUGGGAAACAGAAAACCAACAGCAACAGCCAUUUAGUCUGAUGAAGGAGAGUUGAGGUGUGCCCUGCCUGACUGUACCAGGCCAGGCUGACUUCUCUCUCUGAGAGAAAUACAGACAGGCUACAUAUAUUAAGGCCCACGCAGAGGCUGAAACCCAAGGAAAUACAGGCCUAGGGGAUCUGAGGCUGACGUUAGGAGCUGAGCUGUAGAGUCAAGUAGCUCAGUGGGCAAAGACAGCAGGAAAUGAUGGUGGUCAGAACAGAUCAGAUAAACACCAGAGUCACUGGCCAUUGACUAUUGCUGGCCUCUCACAUGUCCCAUGCGAUGCAGAUCUUGAACUAGCCAGAUUUAUAUAAUCAGCAGAAAAGACUCAAGGGCUCAGGGCUUUGAGAAAUGGUCAAUGGGAGGUACUACAUACACAGCCCCAUCAUCUUGUGUGAUUGGUUGUUGGUGAAACCCCCCAAGGUAAGCCCCACCACUCUGUGUGAAGAAGUGCCUGAGCUCCUGAGAGACUGUGCAGAG